CGAAGAACCAGAGAGAGAGAGAAAUGGAGGUGGAGAUAGUUCGUCACUUCGCCGGUGAAGAACAACCUCACUCUUUUCCGAUCUCGCCUGCGGUUGUCACCGUGGGAGACUUGAUGACCGCCUUGGAGAAGCAGCUCGGCCUCGACUCCCAUUUCUCCCUGGCUUUUGUUCACCGGAAGUCCCAUCCCCUCUCCGAGAUUGGGCUGGUCAGCGGGUCCACGAUCUCCGUCACCGACAGGAGCGCACGUCUUCUUUUGUCGUUGGACGAUCUGAACAAUGAGGAUGAUGGAUUUGUCGCCGUCCCGGAUGAGCCUGCUGCUCCGGCGGUGAGGACUCAAAUGCCUGUGGCGAAGCUUUCAGAGAAUGUGUCAUCUGAUGGUAUAAAAUGCUCUGAAUUGCUUUCCAGCACUACAAACUUAAAUAGGAUCCCAGAAGAUGUGUUCCCGGAGAAUAUUACAUGGUUUGAUGCAGCUAACAUGAUUGGAAAAGUGGAAUAUGAAAAGGAAGACUUGUAUAAGAAGAUUGUUGCCCCGAAAAUCAAAAUCAGGGUUCUGUUUGGAAACUUUUCGGUUGAAGUGAAGAAAUCUGAUGAUGCUAUUUCAACUAGAACCAACUGGGUUGCAGGCGCUGAUGUUUGUUUGGAUGCAUUUGACUCUAUAUAUGAUUUGAGGAAUGUUAUUGAAAAGGAAUCAGUGCUUCUGCCUCCUAUGUUCACAUUUUUCACCCUUUCUCAUACAAAGUUAGAUGAAAAUCUAACCUUGUAUGAGAAUGGAAUCAAGGAUGGAGAUGUUAUCCUGCUAUGCUCAGAGCGGGUGUGGAAAGUCAAGGUCUUUCUUUCAUUGGAGGGAGCAUCUCUUGAAGCAUCAGAUGUUAUCACUGUGAGCCCAAGCAGCACUGUAGGUCAGUUAAAGAAGAUGGUCCGAAAAUCCGUACUAGGGAGCUACCUAUCUGGGCUUGAGGACUUCAGUGCCAUAUGUGAGGGUGUGGUAUUGGAUGAGACAAGGUCGUUGGAGUGCCAGAUAGCAGAGGAGCAGGUUGUGCACAUAAGAGGAUGAUGAGGAACUUUCGUCUAAUCAAGCUAAACAAUGAUGACCUUUACAUGGUUGGAUGGGACACUGGCUUUUGUAUAUGCUUGACCAGUAGUAUGAGAAUAGCUAGAGUAAUGACAUGAUUUUUGUGGUACUUUGAGGCUCUCCUUUUGUCAUGGAUGGAGACAUGGAGUUGCAAUCCAUUGCCUUUUAACUUGCAGCCUGUACAGAGGCAUGAAGUGACUUGUUGUCUUGUUUCAGGAAGGGGACUGCCCUUCUGUUUUUGUUCAUUAUAUGCCCCUGAUGUUUUUAAAUGUGGUGUUUCAGGAAAUGUCCUUGUGUUUUUCUUCUGUUUUCUAGAUUUGAAUUUGGAGUCCUUGGUCAGAGAAAUCGUUGGAUACAUGGAUUUAGGCAUGAGUCCAACCCAAGAUGCUUAUCACUGAAACCAUAGCGAGCAUCUGGAUUAAGGGUUCAGAAUCUUCUACUCUAUUUCAUAGUUUGAAUAAGUUAAUUAAACUCGUACCCUACAACCUUGUCCAUCCCAAAACUCAGAAAAACCUUCAGAAAACAUGUAAAGAUCCGAGUUCCAUUGGAGAUUACUGGUGAACGGAAUUAGUUCAAUUUUGAUACUCGAUGCUUUUUUCUUCAGUGGUACGACGAUGUUGCCGUCAAAGUGGCCGUGGCUGUCAGCAUUA